ACCCAGUCAGUCUGUAGCAGGGCCUGCGUUCUGCCUUGUCCCCUAGAUUGACAGUGAGGCCCAGGUCAGGGGACACUCAGCACAUGUGAGCACAGGUCGGAAUGUCCCAGCAGCCGAGGCCUCCCUCUGUCACUGUGGGAAGAGGAAAGGAGGCAGCGACCUCUUCCUCUUUCUGUGGGGCAUGAUGUAGACACCCCAGAGGGGCCUAGCCAGCACAUCCUGUCCCCUGUGUCCUGUGUGGGGCCCCAGCUCCAGACAGGGAGGCUGCAGGAGCCUGAGCCAUGGCCCCCUGCUCCAUUGCCCUCCUGGUUCUUGGGCUCUGCCUGGGCCAGGCCAUCCACGCACAGGAGGGGGCCCUGCCCAGACCCUCCAUCUCUGCUGAGCCAGGCUCUGUGAUCCCCCGGGGGAGGCCCGUGACCAUCGUGUGCCGGGGCCCUGCUGGGGCUCAGGAGUUUCGCCUGGAGAAGGAGGGAGGAUCCCUGUACUGGGGUAAGAGGAGCCCUUCACCUUCUGAGCGAGAGGCCAGGUUCCUGUUCCCCUCCAUGAGUGAGGACACUGCUGGGAAUUAUCACUGCCUCUACCUAAAGUCCACGUGGUGGUCUGCGCUCAGUGAAGACUUGAGGCUGGUGCUGAGCAGGGAGGACAUCACCCAGGCCACCCCCCCAGGCCCAGCUCAGCCAUCAGGUUGGUCCCCAGGUCCUGGACCCUGUCCCCGCUGCCAUCCUGUCCACAGCCCCCUGCCCCCACCUGCCCCCAGGCCCCUCCCUCUGCACAGUGUCCCCUCAGUCCUCAUGCCCUGA